AUGGUCAAAAUUGCAAUUUCUGGAGGAACAGGCGAUGUCGCUCAAGAGGUCUUGGACGCCCUCGUUGCAACGAGAAAACACGAGAUCAUCAUUUUAUCCCGGAAGGAUGUUCCUUCCAACCCACUUCCACAGGGGGUGACCCAAGUUAAAACAACCUACGAGAAUGUAGAAGAACUCGUACAGAUCCUUCAAGGCGUUAAUACGGUACUCUGCUUCAUUCUUUCAGAUAUGGAUCCAGGAAGUGUUUCUCAGAGAAACCUUAUCGAUGCCUCGGUCAAGGCUGGUGUGAAGCGAUAUGCGCCUAGUGAGUGGGCUACGUCGAGUCUUGAUUAUCUCUUUUGGUAUGAAGGCAAAGGCAAUAUCCGCAAGUAUCUCGAAGACUUGAAUAAGGAUAAACAGGUUUUGGAAUACAGUCUCUUCCAACCCGGACUCUUCACUAAUUAUCUUGCCGCGCCACACCAAACCGCGAAGCACAUAUUCGCCCACCCGCUGCAAAUCGACUUCGACAAUCGUCGAGCCAUCAUACUCGAGGGCAGCGAGGAUGCUCCCAUCAAUCUUAUCACGGUCGAAGACUUCGCCAAUAUUGUGGCUCUAGCUGUUGGGUAUGAAGGCCCAUUCGCUGUCGAGAAAUUGAAAGAGGAUGACAUCAAAGCUGGGGAUGUGAAAAGCACCUGGAUACCUAAAAUCAACCACCCAUCCCUCCCGGCCGAUCAAGUCGAACCAGUAUCUAAGGUUUUUUUCUCGGGCAUAUUAUUGGCUAUUAAUAAUGGGGCGUAUAGGGUUAACGAUGCGUGGAAGCGUCUUUUACCCGAAUACAAAAUAACUCGUGCUGAGGAGUUCCUAGCUGGCGUGUGGGUUGGCAAGGCUUAG